AUGCAUCGGGUAGCGACCCCACGAUGGGAUUGCUUGUUGGGCAGUUUACUGCACGAUAUUUUCUCACAUCUCGACGCUCGAGAUCUGGCCGUGGCGGGAGCCUCAAACAGGCAUUGGUAUCGAAUUUCGAGGACUGAUGAAUUGUGGCAGCCGCUGUUUGAGGAAAAGCAUGAUCUAUGGGAUUGCAGCAAAUUAUUGAUUACGGAAGCCUACUUCGACGAGUACACCUAUUUUGAGAAUCAAAUUCCGACCAAAAAAACUCAGGUUGUAGAUGAUUUUGAAAUUGAGCUGAAGCACGUGACGUUUUCUUCAAACGGAAAAUAUUUUGCGGUCUGUGGUGCAAACGCGUUGAUAUGGUUGUGGCGAACCGAACCGGAAAUAGAAUUCCUUACCGAAAAGGAUCUCGCCAAGUCUUUGCAAUGGGUAGAAGCCGAUACGAUCGAAUUUUCGCCAGAUGAGGCAAAACUUCUUGUGAACGGCAAGAAGACUGGAGGGCGACGGGAAUUUUCUUGCUUCUCGAUUAGUGAAACUGGUAGUGUUCGAUACCUAUGUAGAAUAAUGUGUACACCAUUGGAAUAUUUGGGUUGUUGGCUGGACAGUCGCUAUGUGCUUAGCGGAGAAUUCUAUCAAUUCGGUAGCCCGACUUCGCUCGGCGAUUCAAUCUCGCAGCUGUGGUUGUGUAGCGUUCCAGAUGAUAUCUUUUUAAACCGGACCGGAAGAGUUUGUCAAGUUUUGAUUGCUCGCCACGUCUCACCGAGGUUCCGCCGAAUACUUCAGUUGGCUGAUGAGGCACGAUGGGAACAAACGACGCUCUCUCAUAAGUUGCUCGAACUGAAAACGCGCGCGGAAAUUGAAUGCGAAGACGCCGACAAGGAAUUGGAUUCGUUGAAGAAACUGCUGGAUACGGAGAGUGAGUGCGGCGAAUGCUACGCGCACCACACACUCAAAGCGCAACCCGCCGAUUUUGAAUGCCAUUGUGAAUGUCAUCAACCAGCAGAUCGAUUAAUGAUCUACGUCAACGGUGAUCUUUGCCAUAGACUCAAUUUUAAAGUGAUCUCACAAAAAAUGAUCAAUAAAGCCCUGAACUUUGAAAACUACACAACAGAAAAGAAGGCGGCACCCGAAAACGAGACCGAUAGUUUGGAGUCGAUUAUGGAACAAAUUGAUCAACCGGAUUAUUUUGUGGAAUUAGAUGGUAGUAUCCAGGGCCUCUCCCUUUCCACCGAUCAUAGGAUGCUCGAAUUUGCCGUGAGGGUCGUUGUCGAAGAUACAGUGGGAGAAGUUGUUGGAUCCCAGUUGGAACACCGUCGCGUCGAUUUGGGCAAAAUGAUCGUUGAGAAGAAGCCCGUGGCGGGACGACCAAUCUCACGGGUCACCUGCUCAAGCCAGCGCAUCGUAAUUAGCACUCAUCGACGAGAGCUCCUCUUGUGGGCAAGGGAUUAUGGAGCCGAGCCGGUGGCCAAUCUCGUUCACGAGCAUCCGAUCACGUGUUCCGCCGUGCACCCGGAUAAUUCGAUCCUACUGGCCUGUGUCGGAAUGGAUCUCCAUAUCUGGGAGUCUCCACUACGCGUCAAAAGCUCCUCCCCACCAUGUGGC